GCGGGCUGAGCGCGGCGCUCGCCGGGGGCUGCAUUYGCCGCGGGACAGCGGCCGAGAGCCCCCGGAGCCCCCAGCCCGGCUCUGCGGCCCCAGCCAGCCCCACCAUGCUGCCGGCGGGCGGCCCCAGCCCCGCGCAGACCUGCGGGGCCGUGCUGGUGGCCGCCGUGCUCCUGCAGUCCUUGUGCGUGGCCGUCACCUUCAUGUACUUCACCAGCGAGCUCCGGCAGCUCCAGGACUCGUACUCCAAGAGCGGCAUCGCUUGUCUCACYGGGGAGGAGAUCGGAAAUUCCAUCGAGAACUUGGAUCUCAUUGAAAGUGAAGACAGAGAAGCUGAUCCCUGCUGGCAAGUAAAGUGGCACCUGGGAAAGUUAAUUAAAAAGAUGAUGUCAAGAAGCUACGAGGAAAACAUAUCUGCAAUCAAUGUUCAGAGAACUCUGACGCUGCCGCACUCGGAGGAGCAGCAGCCGCGGAGUCCCGCGCGCAGGAUCGCGGCGCAUCUGACGGGCAGCAGCAGCAGGAGGAGCUCCCUGGCCUCACGCAUAAAUCCCUUGCCCAGAAGAGGGAUUGGACACAAAAUAAACAACUGGGAAUCCUCAAGGAAAGGCCACUCUUUCCUUUACAACGUGGAGCUGAGAAAUGGCGAGUUGGUGAUCCCCCAGUCGGGCUUUUAUUACAUCUACUCACAGAUUUACUUCCGCUUCCGUGAGAACGAGAACGAGGACUCAGAUUUGCUGGGACAAAUCAGGAACCCCAAACAGCUCGUGCAGUAUGUUUACAAACUGACUAAUUACCCUGAGCCCAUUUUGCUCAUGAAAAGUGCAAGAACAAGCUGCUGGUCUAAAAAGGCAGAAUAUGGACUUUAUUCCAUCUAUCAAGGCGGUGUGUUUCAGCUGAAGAGAGAGGACAGGAUUUUUGUCUCUGUCAGCAACAGUGACAUAGUUGACAUGGACAAAGAAGCAAGUUUUUUUGGAGCUUUUAUGAUCGGUUAGAACAUGAAAAUCACAAUCCCAAGUGGCCCAGUUUUUCUGGACAGGGCCAGCUUAAAUCCCUGUAAAAUAGGGGAUAUUAAGCAAAAGCUGUAUCAAUAUCAACAGGAGCAGACUCCCUGUUCUCAGCUCACUCACCACGAGGUCCAACCAUGCCRAGUCGUGUCCCAGCAUCCAGGAUGAGCAGCAGCAGCUGGCUGGGGAUGGCAAUGCUCUGUGCAGGCACAGACAGCCAGGCUGGAGUGGUGUGAGGGACUCACACCCCACGGGUGACACCUUUGGCCAGAACCCCGGGCAGGUGAGCACUCCCCAGCAGCACAGAUGCUCCAGGCCGGCUCAGCUGUGGCACRAGGGAUGCCAUAUGCUCCAAGUCUGGUUACUCAAGGCUGAGACUGGACAUCAAAUUUUAUUUGUGGUCUCCAAGGGGACCCUGUCUUGAAUAUCUCAGCYCCUGUAAGGAGCCUUUGUACAAACUGUUCCCCAAGCACCCGUGGAAUUUCUCCGAAAGUUUUUUGAGUGGGAGUUUUACAGAAGCUGCACGUCUCCGUCUUCUCUAACAAAGCACUUAAGCACCUAAUUAAUUUUAAGCACACAAACAGUCUGACUGCAUCAGGGUAUCCACAAGCUUGAAAUUAAGUAUGUGCUUAAGCAUUCUCCAGGAUCRUGUCUUGAGUAAACACAUUUGUCUCGUUCAGGAUAUUGUACAUAAGGACAGCUGCUGGAAUGGCACUGAAGAGCUUUUGAAAUCAAUCUGUGUUUUGAUCAACAUUUUAUAUCCGUGCCUAUUUACUUAAUUAUUGUGCUGCAGACAUCUCACCAGGCUCCCAAUAAGUUCAGUAAUGCAGUUGCUGUUACACUUGUUGACAACAAGAGCUUGAUCCAGAAAAAAAAAAAAAAAAAGGUUUUCUGUAAAUACUGAAUUCUGUGAGAAAUUUGCAACAAUUUAGGCAUGACAAGAUUCUUCCAUGUUUAUUUGUACUGGUCUAUGUUUGGUAGGAUGUAAUGUAGAAUAACACACCCCAAUGACUAACAUUUUAAGGAAAACAGGCACAACUAUCUGUACUUACAAAAAUGCUGCUUAUUUAGGUAAUGCUGUAAUUACUCRAUUUUAUUUUUAGGGAUGGGCGGGAAAUUUUCAUGAUUAUUUUUUUUGUAAAAUACCUUUUUUUUUUACCAAAAUGAACAGUAUAUUUUUUAACUCUACAAAAAGGACUAUUUUGUAUUGGAAAGAUUUGUCUAAGCUGUACAGGCUCAAUGCAUAUCAAAAGUCAGGUGGUGUAAAUCAGCAUAUGUGUAGCAUUGCCAGUGGAGGAAUAGCAAAUUGCACCAUGAAUGCAUUUUGCCCAGAUUCAGAGRAAACAGUGGGAAAGGUGAAA